GAGGAACCCAGGGCACUGCAGAGCCCAGGGCAGGUUGGAGUCGCAGGUGGCGCUGGGGUCUCCUUGGGUCUCCUUUGGGCAGCUGAGAAGACCAUCCACCCAGAUUGGGACUGCUAAGGGCUGGCUCUGAGAAGCCAUGAGCACAGAGGGCCCCAGCCCCCUCACAACUCCUGGCACUCUGGGGAGCCCUGUGGAGGCAGUGGACCUCCUGCCCAUGCUCAUUGCCUUGGCCUGCAUCUUCCUCCUGCUGGCCUCCUGUCUGCUGUUCAUGACCAUCUGCAAACCAACCGCGCUGGACCCCUGCAGCCAGGCUCGCGAGUGCAUGCCCCACCACCCCGGGAGCCCCAGUGAGCCCCGGCUCCGGCUCUGGAAGCGCCUGGGCUCCCUGCGCGGCUCCCUGCACAGCUCCCGUUGUGGUCGGCCUGUACCUCGCCGCUCCCUGCGGGACCACGAUGCCAACCGUGACUGGGACUCUACAGAAUCUACCAAGAUGUGACAGACUGUUCCCGCCACCCAGGAUCUACCCUCGCACCCUCCUCCCUCGGA